AUGGAAGAUGCUCCACCGCCGCCGAAGAAGAGCACCACACUCUCCGUGGACCGUGCAGCGUUCCUGCUGUUGCGUGUUAAGAAAGCAUUCAAGAAGAAACGUCAACAACGCAAAGAGAAACAGACGCAAGCCGCCAAUGCCGCCUUAAUAUCACAGGCGCGCUCUGGCCGUAAACUGCCGCCCCCGCUGCUGCGUUCGCGCACCCUGCCAGCGAUUAUUGUGCCCGGCAUUCCGGUCGUCUCGCUUAAUACGGAUCGGCAAUUUGACGAGCGCGCUAGCGGUCUUCUGGGCACCAAGUCUGGCAGCGGCACAAGCACCGGCGGUGGCGGCACAAAUCGUUGGUCUCUGCUCACCCGCCAAACACCGACAACACCUGGUUACACCAAUAACAACAACAACAACAAUAUGGUGAAUAUAAAAUCGUUGAAUUUGCCAAAAGACGACAUGGGUGUCUAUCGACGUAAGUCCUCCGGCAGCACUACAGGGCACAGCGGCAGCAGCGCCAGCAUGAGUGGCACACCAAUCGUCGGCUCACAAGUGGCGGAUGCGGCUUUGCUAAUGCCGACCUGCGAGGACUUCGAGUGCCAUGCCGCCGAUGGUUCAGUGUUGUUAAGAAUUCCCGCACCGCAUGUUGUGGCCGCACGUGCUUAUCGCCUGGCAUCGAAGAAGCGCAACAGCAGCGCCAACAACACCCACGACAGUCAACAGCGACAGCAUCAACAGCAGCUGGGCGGCAGCAAUAUGUCAACAGCUGCGGGUAUAGCGGCAAUGGGUGGCAACGCUGCCGAGCCACAACAGCCGUCAACGCCUGAGGGCACCAGCAGCGGUGGUGGUGGCGAGGUAACUGGCAGCACCGCGAACACGGCGUUGACACGUCGGCUGGCCAAGUUGCUGCACCAGUCGAGUGUGACGGCUUCGAGGCUAACGUCAGCCGCGUCGCCGCAUUCUGAUCACACAACUGCCAGCGCCGCAGCCACCGCAAACAAUCUCCUGCCAAUUAUGGCUGCUGCGGCGUCAAGAGAGGGCGGUGGCCGCGAUGGCAAUGGCAGCUGCUUGGAAGAGGCGCCACGGCGACUUUCAUGGGAGCGGCGAAAGGACAGCAGCGCACUGCAACGUUCCGCCAGCAUUGAUUCCUUCGCCGAGAUUGUGUUUAGCGACACGCCGCGACCAUCACUCGACAUCCCGCGCCCCACCGUGGUGCCGUUCAGCAAGCGCCCGUCGGCCAGCAGCCUGUUCUCGAACUGCAGCACCACAUCGCAAACAACCCAAUUGAAUAUCAAUUACGGUGCCGGUGGCGAUCUCUGCAGCAGCGGCAGCAGUGCGGGCAACAGUCGACGCGAAAGCCUCUUAAGUCCAUCGUCAACGCGCCGCAAUAAGCUGACCAGAAUUAUAAACGACUUGGAGUGA